UAAAAUAUUUUGAUUAAUUUAAUUUUUAAAUAAUUGGAUUCCAUUUAUUUAUAGGUUUAACUCUCAUUCUCUGUCGCUAGAACUUAAACCCUCUCAGAAUACACCUCUCUCCUUUUCAACACCCCAAUCGGAGAAAAAAAAAAUGGCUCGAAACGAAGAGAAAGCCCAGUCCAUGCUCAAUCGAUUCAUAGCCCUAAAAGCCGAGGAAAAGAAGAAACCCAAAGAACGCCGUCCUUUCCUCGCAUCCGAAUGCCGCGACCUUGCCGAGGCCGACAAAUGGCGUCAACAAAUCAUGCGAGAGAUCGGCCGCAAAGUCGCCGAGAUUCAAAACGAAGGCCUUGGAGAACACCGCCUCCGCGAUCUUAAUGACGAGAUUAACAAGCUCAUCCGCGAGAAGUCACAUUGGGAACGCCGUAUCGUUGAACUUGGCGGCCCGAAUUACGCCAAACACGGCGCUAAAAUGACGGAUUUAGAAGGGAAUAUAGUUGAUGUUCCGAAUCCUAGCGGACGUGGGCCUGGAUAUCGGUAUUUUGGAGCGGCGAAGAAGUUGCCGGGGGUUAGAGAAUUGUUUGAGAAGCCGCCGGAGUUGCGAAAGAGGAGAACUAGAUAUGAUAUUUACAAGAGGAUUGAUGCGAGUUAUUAUGGGUAUAGGGAUGAAGAGGAUGGGGUUUUGGAGAGAGUGGAGGGGCCAGCGGAGGCAAAGAUAAGGGCUGAAGCUGAGGAGGAAUGGAGGAGAGUAGAGGAGAUUAGGAGAGAGGCAAGGAGAGGGGCGAAGGAAGUGGUUAGUGUGGGGGCUGUGGCGAGGGAAGUGUUGUUUGAGGAAGAGGAGGAUGUGGUGGAGGAGGAGAGGAGGGAGAGAGAGGAGAAGGAGAGAAAAGAUAAGGAGAGGGAGUUUGUCGUGCACGUGCCUUUACCUGAUGAGAAGGAGAUUGAGAGGAUGGUUGUGGAGAAGAAGAAGAUGGAGCUUUUGAGUAAGUAUGCGAGUGAAGGGUUGUUGGAGGAGCAGACUGAAGCCAAGGAUAUGCUUAACAUUCAGCACUAGAAUAGCUGAUGGAAAAUGACAUGCCACCUGUGAUCUUUAUCAACAAAGAGAUGCCACCAACCUGUUACUUUAAAGAUCUGUGCUGGUGAUAAACAUAUAGUAGAAAUUUAUGUCUAAAACAUAGAUGCUAUAUUUUAGUAACUUUUGACUUAGCAGUUUUUAUGAAGUAACUUUAGGAUAUCUGAUCAUGCAUAGGGUUCUUUGAGUCAAGACUGUCUGAUCUUAAAUUGAUCAAGGAAACUCCUAGGACAAUAUGCUGUAAUAGUGUAACCAGUUGCUGCAUUUAGUUGUUCUCUAGUUCUCAUUCAUAUAUCCUUUUUAUCCUUUGAGAAAGCAAUUUUUUCUUGAAACAAAAUCUGGAGAGUAACAUAACCAUUUAUAAUCUUCAUUAUCAUUUUCUUCUGCCCAAAUUCUGUUUUUUUUUUUUUUUUUGGGUAUACGACAUGCCAAAAUUAUUCGAAAUCAUUUUCGAAGAGGUAGUAAAUCAAAUGUACUUUCUGCUUUGAAGCAGUCAAAAGUAGACAAAUCAGUGCAUUUAUUCUGCUAAAACAAUAUGUAAGGGCUGUAUUCUAUAUUUCUACCACUAGACCACUAGACCACUGCUGCUUCUUAAACACAUCUGAUAUAUGAUGUUCAGGAAUUUGUUUGCAUGUAUCAAAUUGUGUUUGAAAUUGCAAUUUGGUGUGCGGCCUUUGCCUUUCUAUUGACUGUUUGAAAUUGGUUGAAUCCAAUAUGUGGUCAUUGUAAGCACUGAUUUUUGCAUAUUUUCCUGGUUAGUGUUAUUAUUUCUCAUUUAAGCUUGUGACCUAAAUGGGUGUUAGGGCAGUGCAUAGGUUGUGUGCAUUUGUUUGGGUCGGGUGUGUGUGAAAGGGAAGGAAGUGAGAUGAGAUGUAGGUCUAAUGUCUAUCUCCAAGUCAUUCUUAUUAUUCCAUAACAAGAGGACUCUUCCUUCUGUCCCCAUAAAGUUCCACUAUUCCUUGAUUUGGAAACCUAACUUUGAGCUGAGGAUGAGAGCUAUUAUGAGCAUGUUGAGAGCAGUGUCAUAAAAGUUAUUGUUGCGGAAAAUGUUGCUGUUGAGGUCAACAGUCAUUGAAAGAAGCCAACACAUGCUUUCAGCCAUGUGGUUUGCUGAGAGCUAAAGUUUGUUGAAUGGAACUGGUUUUGCCUCCGAAAUCUUACUUUUAGAGGGGUACACUUAUGUACACAUGCCAACAAAAGUUAGUUAUAUGAGAUGCAAAAUGCUUUACUUCUCGUUUGAAAACUUCCUAAAAAGUGAAGGAGGAAAAUGUGGAACUGGUUUCAAUUCGGCAUUCUUGUUAUCUUGGGGAAACCUGUUCUAGAGGAAUACGCAUAACGCUUCUUUCUAUCAAAACAAAGACAUAUAUAUCUCGUUUAAGUUGCUGAAUUCCAUUCUGCUAGUUUCUAUCUUGCUCGCAAUUAUUUGUCAAUAUCAAUAGCAGAGUAAGUGAAAGGUAUUUGAAAUUCUAAUUAAUUAAUUAAAGAUAGAAUUCAUUGGUUUAUCAUAGUUGUGUUUCUGGCUUUCUGCAGUUAUAGAAGAACGUUACGACAAUGGUUUGCAAAAGUGAAGAUUUUGUUCAUUGCUUCAUGCUUAUGCAUUAGUUUGAUUAAAAGGUUUAAUCUGGAGACAAAAUCUUUGGGUGCUUCACAAAGUCACAAAAACCAAAACAAGACUUCUCCCACUUGGAAUUUGCUUUACCAAAAAUAGAUAUCUUCUGGAAAUAUUGGAUUAGGCACAGCGCUUGUUGAAUGAAAUGAAAUAGACAUUCUCGCCGAAAAUAGAAAGGUAUUAGUUAGUUUCGUUUCUAAAUCGAAACAUAGGAAUAUAGGAAGAAUACUAUAAAAUGUGCAAUUUCAAAGUUAAAAUUUGCAGUUAGUUGAAAUCAGAGAAA